AUGACGGAAGUGUGUGUGGAUCAUCACAUCUGCCCACGAUCAGGUAGCUGUAAUAAGGAGUCACCAGAUAAACUUGUUUGUGCCAUAAAGAAGGAUUCUGCCUUUGGGUUUGUGAAGUACAACACGCCUGAGAAAUUUGUUAUAACAUUUGAGUCUGUGUACCUGAAAAUUGGUGUUGGUUGGAAAUAUCAGUCUAUCUUAAUAACUAGUGUGAAAAAGCUCUUUCUUUGUAUCUCUUUCAGGUUUAUUGCCAAGCCAUGUGCCAUAAACCUUGGCAUUCAGGACAGUGGACCUCACAGAGCCCAGCCCAAUGCAAUUUUAGAGAAAGUGUUUACAUCCAUCACGAAGUCUCCAGAUGGAAAGAGGUUAGACGGCUUGUCAAAGCAGCUGGACUGGGAUGUUCGAAAGAUCCAGCGCUGGUUUCGUCAUCGGAGGAACCAGGACAAACCCACCACCCUCACUAAAUUUUGUGAGAGCAUGUGGAGAUUUACAUUUUAUUUAAGUAUAUUUUUAUAUGGAAUCAGGUUUCUCUGGACGGCACCCUGGUUUUGGGACACACGACAGUGCUGGUACAACUACCCUUUUCAGCCUCUAACAUCCAGGCUUUAUUAUUACUAUAUCUUGGAGCUGGCCUUCUAUUGGUCUCUCAUGUUUUCUCAGUUUACAGACAUAAAACGAAAGGAUUUCCUGAUCAUGUUCGUCCAUCAUUUGGCCACAAUUGGACUCAUUACAUUCUCUUAUAUGAAUAAUAUGGUGCGGGUUGGAACUCUGGUGCUGUGCCUGCAUGAUGCAUCAGAUUUUCUUUUAGAGGCUGCAAAGCUAGCCAAUUAUGCCAAGUACCAACGUCUAUGUGAUGCUUUCUUCAUGCUCUUUGGUGUCGUAUUCAUUGUUACACGGUUGGGCAUUUAUCCUUUCUGGAUAUUGAACACAACCCUGUUUGAAAGCUGGGAGUUGAUUGGUCCUUACCCUUCAUGGUGGCUCUUCAAUGGGCUUUUGGUAACCUUGCAGUUCUUGCAUAUCAUCUGGUCUUAUCUCAUCAUUCGCACUGCCUACAAGGCCCUCGUGAGGGGAAAGGUAUCGAAAGAUGACCGCAGCGAUGUGGAGAGCAGCUCUGAAGAGGAGGACGUGACUUCCAACAGCACAAAAGGAGUUUUCAGCACUUCGAGUAACGGUUCCAACCGCAUUAAUGGCCACGUGGCUAGUGGCCAGUGGACAGAAGAGGAGUAAGGCUGUGGGUUGGCCUUGAGCAGACACGAACUUCUCUUUAAAUAUCUAGAUGUGUUGAGCUCCACAUUCCCAAGUGAUCUUUAAUCAAGAUACCCCUUCCCCAGAAACCUCCAGCAAAUCUGAAAUGGGCACAAUCCAGACCAGUCAGAGGCUUUGCACAACAGAAGGGAUAAAGCCGAUGGCUGGGGCAAACCCCAAGAUUUCACUUUAAGCCAUUUUGUACUUAAAUCUUAGACCCGUCGGUAUUUGCAGAGGUAUCUUUGUGACAAACUGGUUUUUACUGGGAUCAACUCAAGGCGGAACAAGUUUGG